CGUUAUCAUUAUGGUCGAGAGAUCGACGGCACCGGGGAUCAGACCAAGAAACGGAUCUAAAUCCACGGUAGAUUUACCGUCGAUAGACCAUCUGAAGUUAUUGCAACGAUCGAUUAUUUGGUAGUGACUGUUUUGAUCGAGAGGCCGACACAAUUCCUACAUCAUCCGAUACUGCUUUGCAAAGACAGUGACAGCUGUGGCCUUUUUGCAUGAAGCAAUAGGCUCCAUCGCCGCUAGGACGAGCCAGCACCGACUGAGAGACAUCGUGGUAGGCUGGCUAUAGGAGAAGAAACCGGCUGCAUGCACCUCCGCCCCCCUCCUCCUCCACGGUCGGCAGCGACAACGGUACCGUUCAGUGCCUGCAUCAUCCGUUAACGAGAUGACGAAGUGAACCAAGCCUCCUCACGCACCGAACGCUGGAUUCCGCAAGACGACUGAAUGAGUAGAGAGAGAAAGGGAGACGAGCUGAUGGCGAUGCUGAUCUAGUGAGGAGAAGGGAAAGGCUAUGCAUUUUCACGUUUGAUUUAUCAGGACCUUAACAGCCGACACGUGGUCUCUAUCGGGGUUUCAACAACCAAUUAAUCCCCUAGCACGAGGGAGGACGUUUGUCAUUCCGAUAAAAUGGGAACCACGCGUGGAUCCCGGACUGCGGUUUAAACGUGCCCGUGUUUCUCUAUGAAAGCACCGCUGUGAUGGAGCACGACGAAAGUAGCGACCUGGAAGCUGCUAAGGAGCCCCUGCUCCACCGUAUUCACGCGCCCAAUCGGAUCCGGCCAUCGUCUUACCGGGCACUGCGGAGCGCUGUUUCCAGCCUCGCGCGCAUCGAUGACUUCGUCUGUGAGAAGAUCGGGUCUGGGUUCUUUUCAGAGGUCUUCAAGGUGCAGCACAGGAUCACAGGCCAGGUGAUGGCCCUGAAGAUGAACACUCUGGCCAGCAACAAGGCUAACAUGCUCAGGGAGGUGCAGCUCAUGAACCGGCUGUGCCACCCCAAUAUACUGGGGUUCCUGGGAGUGUGUGUGCAUGAGGGCCAGCUCCAUGCUCUAACUGAGUACAUCAACGGGGGUAACCUGGAGCAGCUGCUGGACAGUGACAGGUAUCUGUCGUGGUCGGUGAGGAUGGGCCUGUCUCAGGACAUCGCCUGCGGGCUGCAGUACCUCCACAGCAAGGGCAUCUUCCACAGAGACCUCACCUCCAAGAACUGUCUGGUGCGCUGUGAGAAUGGUGUGUUCACUGCAGUAGUGGGAGACUUUGGUCUGGCAGAGAAGAUUCCAGACUACAGUGACGGGGCUGAUAAGCAGCCUCUGGCCGUGGUGGGCUCCCCCUACUGGAUGGCCCCGGAGGUGCUGAGAGGGGAGGUCUAUGAUGAAAAGGUGGACGUGUUUGCCUAUGGAAUCAUCCUAUGUGAGAUCAUCGCCCGGAUAGAGGCUGAUCCGGACUUCCUACCUCGCACUGAGGACUUUGGACUAGACGUGGAUGCCUUUGAGAACCUGGUCGGUGACUGUCCAGCACCAUUCCUCAACCUUGCAGUCCUCUGCUGCAAUAUGAAUGCAAAGAUACGUCCCUCGUUCUCCGAGAUAGUGGUGUUGCUGGAGGGGAUGGAGAGAGGAGAGGAGGAGAGGAAGACGGUCAUCCCUCUGGGUGAUUAUCUCUCCUCAGAACCCGCUACCGUCCACAUCAGCCCCUACCGACGACGGAGUUCCCCCUGUCGCCCCGGCGACCAGCGGUUGUCACGGAGCCAGUCGGACAUGCUUCCCCCAACGACGCCCCCUCUAGGCACCCCGGCACGGGUCAACCCUUUCUCCCUGCGGCAGGACCUGAACGGGGGCCGCAUCAAGCUUUACGACACCCCCAGCAAGUCUGUCAUCUCCCUGACCUUCACCCUCCCCCAGCAGCCUGACCCCUGCGCAUCUCCCCCCCUCAGGGUGAACCUCUUCCUCCGCGGGCCCCCCCGACGCUGCCAGUCCCUCCCCUGCACCCCCAAGCAGGGGCACACCCUCGCCCUCCUCCGGGACCCCGACCUGCAGAGCUUGGGGAAAGAGGAGGAAGAGGAGGUAGAGGAGGUGGAGAAUGAAAGGAGGAAGGAGAAGGGAGGGAUGGUGGAGGAUGAAAGGAGGAAGGAUAAGGGAGGGAUGGUGGAGGAUGAAAGGAGGAAGGAAAAGGGAGGGAUGCCUAACGGCUGGGGUAACCCAGUCUCCAACGCCCCCCUCCUUCCCUCCUCUCCCCGUCUGGACAACAACAACGGCUCGGCGACGGUGGUCGUCGGCCGUCCGACUGGCUGGAGGGCUAGCGGCUACCACGCCGCAAUCCCGGCCCCCCCUGCUGGCCCCGCCCCUGAGCAAGAUGAGGUAAUUUCCUGUCCGGGCUGUUGUCUGAUUGGUCUGAGCUUUCCGUCCGUGUGCAUGAAGGGGGCGCCGACCCCUCGCCGCGUACCGCCCGGGCGACCCUACCGGAACCUCAACGGGGGCGGCAUCGGUGAAGCAUCAGCUGCCACGGCAACCAAGGGACUGCUUUGUUGCGGGUCGAAUGGUCUCGUUCCUCCGACCGCGCCUUGCGUUCCUGGGCUGCCCCUACCGGAGGCACAGACUUAG